UCAAUUUCCAGACCCGAGUCCACCGGCAAAGACUUGUUAUUCAUUGCUUGUCUCCAAAAACUCUCCUUCCCAAAUUCCGAAACCUAAAAUAUUGCAAUUCACAAAAUACAGUGUGUCCUACUUGUUGAUUUUCGUUAAUCGAUUCUUCUUCUUCGCGAUCUCCGGUUAAGAUGGUGUUAGCACAAUUAGGAGGGAGCAUUUCGCGUGCUCUCCAGCAGAUGAGCAAUGCCACAAUCAUUGAUGAGAAAGUUCUCAACGAUUGCCUCAAUGAGAUCACCCGUGCUCUUCUCCAGGCCGAUGUUCAAUUCAAGCUUGUUCGCGAUAUGUCAACCAAUAUAAAAAAGAUUGUUAAUCUCGAAGAUCUUGCCGCUGGACACAACAAGCGUAGGAUCAUUCAACAGAUCAACUGUUGGGAAUUUGUGUCUCUGUGAUGUGUAAGAGGAAGG